CAGGCUCGGCCGUAUGCGCACGCGCACUGUACUGACUCCACCCCCUGCCGGCGGCUAUGUGAUUGACCGGAAGUGCUCCUGGCUAGGACAACAACAACCAGCUUCCUCUCUGGUCCCGGGUAUUCGUCCCUCCAUUCAGUACCCGGACCAUAUUUAACCCUCAGCCCUUGCCAGUCCGCGCUGACUACGAGACGUUCUGCAGGCAUCCUCUGCUUCCAGCGUCUUUUCCUUUGGUAAAAAGUUGGAUCCUUUUGUGUCUAGGAGUCCCAGCAAGCUUAUGAAUAGAGACAUAUGCAUCCACACAUGGCCAUGCUCCUAUUAUCUGGAACCUGAGAAACGAUGGAUCCCUGGCAAACUUUCAUUGACUUCUACUUUGCUAAAGUUUUUGACUGAUAAGAAUGGAGAACUACUCGUCAGCUUUCCUCUUUCAAGCAUCAGUGAGAUUAAAAAAGAAUCUUCUCACUUAAUCUUUAGCUCUAUCACUAUUCUGGAGAAGGAGCACAUGAAGCACUGGUUCAGUUCCUUCCAGCCUAGCCGGAAUGUGGUCUUCAACAUCAUUGAGCAUUUCUGGAGAGAGCUGCUAUUGUCUCAUCCAGGAGCUCAGGCAUCAUCUCCCGAAAUGACCAAGGGGAAAGAACUGACGGGCUUAAUGGCCUCUUCCCAAAAACGGUUAGAAGAUACAGCAAAGGUCCUUCAUCAUCAGGGUGAACAAUUUGAUAACAUCAUGAAAGGACUGGACAAGAUUGAAUCCGAUAUGGAUGUAGCUGACAGAUUACUCACAGAACUUGAAGCUCCUUCUUGGUGGCCUUUUAGUACCAAACUCUGGAAAAGCCCAUCUGAAACAAAACCCAAGGAAAGUACUUCAGUGCCUAGUCCUGAGGCUGUUGGAAAAUCAGGGGUGAUAAUAAAAAUUCCAGCAAUUAUCUCACAAAGCACCGAGUUGCAUGCUAAACCUGGAAAAUUUACUGUCUUGGUUUCUGGGUUGGAAAUCAGUGAUUCUAAUUCUCAGCUUCUGCACAGAUUUGAAAGGGAGGACGUCGAUGACAUUAAAGUUCACACCCCUUAUGAAAUCAGCAUACGCCAGAGAUUUAUUGGUAAACCAGACACAGCCUAUCGACUGUUAUCAGCAAAGAUGCCAGAGAUAAUCCAAAUUUUAGAGGUACAAUUCAGCAAGAAAAUCGAGUUUUUAGAAGAUUCAAUGGUGUUCCAAAGCACAAGAGACCCACCUCAAGCAGAAAAGGGCAGUUCCAUCUGGCGUGCAGCAUCUGGAUUAAUAGAAAGUGUGGUGCAUCCUGGACCUUCCCUCAAAAGUGGAGAAAGCAGUCAGAUCCAGUUACAGAUGAAUCAGCAGGUUUCUGAAGAAGAAGCUCAAGAACUAAGACAGAUCUUGAAGAAACUGAAGAGCAUUGCUCUAGACACUGAGACAGAACUAGAGAGACAAGAUGAAGUUCUUGAUGGCCUAACGUCCUCAGUGGAUCGUGCAACUCUGACUAUCGACAAACAGAAUCGCAGAAUGAAGAGGCUAAUGUAGAACCUCAGGGAGCCAGCCAGUGGUUUGGUGGUAAUGUGAACUCUCAGGAGAAAAAAGUGACUUUUUUUUUUUUAGGAGAAGCAAUUAUCUUUAUGUAAGUUGUGCUCUAAUUGUUUCUGUAGUCUUCAUUUCUAGAGAAGACACCAUGGAAUAAUUUCCAGGAUUGAAUGCAUGUUUGGAAAUCCUCUCCCAGCAACAAAAAAAGGCAAAAACUUUAAUUAUGAUGGAAUGGUUUAAGUCAGAUAUCUGCUAUUAAGAAUCCUUACAGACAGUGUAUGUCAGGGAUAUUAAUGACUUUCACUAAAGAGAUUAUUUCCAUGUACUGAAUGAAAAGUUGUAGAUUUAUUUUAGAGGGGGAACUUCACAGUUAAAAAAUGAACUUUUUUUCCCAUCUGAAAGCCUAUGUGCAUAUAGACUGUGUGCAAAAAGCCUUUUGUGUUUGUGUGGUGCAUUGUUUGUUUUUCUGGAAUGAGAAUCAGAUCCCUGGCUUUAACAUUAACUAGGUAAGUGACUGUGGGCAAGUCACACGGUCCCUGUAAGGCCUUAAUUUUCCCUCAGUUGUGAGGAAAAACUACCUACCAGUAAGAAAGUUGGGCUAAUGAUCUCUCUAUGAUCUCUCCAGGCAACCAUUCUAUUUCUUUUGUGAAAUAGAGAGUACGGAGGAUAUGUUCUUGCUUCUGGAUAAUGCUUUUGAAACUCUGGGGAAGCCAUAAGUGUGAUGUUUAAUACAAAAUGCCAAAAUUGAAAGGUCCACUUUAAACUAUUUGGUGUGGUUUCUAAGUAGUUCAUAUAUCGACUUCUUAAGAGUUUCCCCUUUUAGAUGUUGAUGUAACAAACAAAAUUGGCACUUGUUCUUCUUGAAUUAUUGCAGCCCCUUCUACUCAGCAUUGAAGAUGAGACAGUACAUUUUUGAAACUCGAUGGUAUUUUCAUCAAAAGCAGAAAUUUAAAGUUGUCCAGAAAGAAGCCAACCUCCGUUUUUGAGUAUAGGCAUGCCCUAUAUAAAUAAAACCUAUUUGCUUGGUUGCAUAUUAAAUGCUGAAUAUUUUUCUUAAAAGCUUUCAAAUGAGCUUCCUUCCCAGCCUUAAAAACCUAGUGCUUCUUGCAGUGCCUAUACCCUGGAGUGAUCAUUCCCUUUGGGACUUUAAAACACCACAGAGGCUGCUUGGGCAUUAAUCACAUGUAUUCCCCAUUAGAUGUGGAAAUUAAUUUACUCCAUUUCUUUCUUGAUGGUUUUCUUUGAUAUAGAGUAGGAUUAUAAAAUUGUGCAGCAGACUGUUCUAUUUUUCUUUUUAAUUUUACUGCAGUUUUCUAGCUGAGAACACCUCCAGGAUAUCUUAUAAACACCUUAAAUUUUCAUUUACUGCCUAGUUCUUUAGCCAAAAAUUUAAAAAGGGGGGGGCAGCUAGUUAUAUAGUAUAUUUUAAAAACUCAUGUUGGUCUUUACUUUUACUGCCUCAUUUCUAGCCAGAAUUUAAAGAAAACUGCUACAUGUAGUGUACUUUUCAAAACCUAUAUUGAUUUUGGGGGGUUUGAUUUAUGUGUUUCAGUUAGUAGACCAGAAGUUAACACUUUCUCCUCCUGGACGGAAUUACUCAUAGAAGAAAACUACUUGUGGUCUACAAAUGCUAUUCUGGAGAUGGGUGUCAAGAUGGGGGUGCAAAGCAUAAUGAAAAGUAGAUUUGUUUCUGGACAUCAUUCCUUCACAGUUACUUUUUUGUUUUCUCAUCACCUCUACCACUAACGAUUUGUUCCCAUUUUAAAAAUGUUUUACUUUCAGACUCUUGAAAUAAUGUGAUGAAGAAAUCCGUUUAGGCAUAUUACCAAGACAACUUUUUGGAAAAGCUGUUGUUUGGGGAUUAAUUUCUAUCCCAAUUACAAGGGUAAAGGGUUGUUAUAACUUGUUAUGAAGAAAUUGGAAGUGUGUUUAAGUCGUAGUAUAGAUAACUACUGAUCCUGGCAACAUUUAUCAGUUUGCAUAUUUGCAUAUUUAGUACCUUGAUGAUUUUCUUAAAGACUACUGAGAAAUUACGAAUAGGACAAUGGUGCUGUAAUAUACAUAGCCUUGUUGGAAGGCUGAUGUUCUACUUUCAGAAGAUAUACAAGGUAAUGAUUAUCUCAGAAAUGAAGUUGUGGAACUUUAUUAUAGGUUGUACCUUAAGUCACUUCAUGUUUCAUUCAAGCUAUGUUUAACUUCUCCCCAAACUAGAAUUGGGCUUACUGGAGUAGAGCUUAGAUUCUUUCUUUCUUUUAAACUCUUACCUUCUGUCUUCGAAUCAAUACUAAAUAUUGGUUCUAAGGCCAAAGAAUGGUAAGGACUAGGCAAUAGUGAUUGCCCAGGUUCACACAGCCUGCAAGUGUUUGAGAUCCAUCUCUAGACCUGAGUCUCUGUCCACUGAGACACCUAGCUGCCCUAAGCUUUGCAUAUUUCAAAAGCUCUUUUUCCCUAAAAUGGUCAUAUGAAUAAUAAUGACUUUUGGAGCCUUUUCCUUGGAUAAUUGGAACCACCAAAAAUGGAGAAUUUGGUGAGUUUUGUAGAGCUUGAGACCAGUCAUUUUAGAGAGGUACCUAUCAUUUUAGCUUAGUUCUAAGUAAAGUUUAGCUUAAGGCUAAAUACUGUUAAACACUUUGGCUUCCAUCCAAGCCCUUUGGAGAAGGUUAGGCCUACCCUUAAAUGAAGGUAUUUUUCAUGCCACAUAUUUGAGUAUGUAACUUUAUUUACUGUACCAAAAAUGCUGUUUGCACAGAGACCCAUGUCAAGUCGUUACGUUUUCUCAUCUGUAAAAUGGGGGUAAUAAUUAAUACUUGUAACAUGACCUAGAUUUGUUAUGAGGAUCAAGUAAGAAAGAAUGUUUUAAAGUACUUUGAAAACCCUAAAAUACUUUAUAAAUGUGAUAUAUAUAUACACACAUAUAUACACUGUGCAAUACACAUGCACAAAUAUGUUUAUGUGUAUAUAUUUGUAAAAAAAAAAUCAAGACAAUCAUUCUGAUAGACAAUAAAGGCAGGACCCCUGAAAGAGACCUGGGGAAAAAUAUAUUGUAAUGUUCUUAUAGCAGACUAUAAUUCUAUUUUAUAGUGAAACAAUCAGGUUGCAUGAGAGAGAUGGAACAAGGUCACAGAAAUGUUCUAAAUAUUUGAUGCUAUUUUAAUCUCUGUCUAUCAGAUUAGUAGAGACAGGAAAUAGUAAUAAUACCUCCUUUCUUUUGUAAAGAGCUUUCUAAUUUAAAGGGAUUUUAAAAUAUGUUAACUUGAGAUUUUUACAUUUAUUCAGAGCAGGUGUCAUUGUCCCUGUUUGUUUCCUUUUAUUUAAAAAGAUUUCUGUAUGGCCAAGGUGACAUCUCUGGUGAUGAAAUUGUGACCAGUACUGACAUUUUCUGACUCUUACACAGCUAGCAUUGAAGACAGAAUAUAUCUAACUCCUGCAAACUCUUUAUUAAGCUAAAUCCUGAUAAGGAUUUAUAAAUGCUAAAAUCUAAUGUCCUACACAGAUCCCUUGGCUAUAUCAUGCCUAUUUGUUUUCUCUUUAUCCCUCCUUGGUCAGGGAUAGAGAAAUGUUUAUUUCUAAAAGAUGUCGUGUUAAAUUAGGCAGGUGCCAUUCAGAUAUGCAGUGCAUGCAUCUUGUGGUUAUUUGCUCACUCUUAGAUUUCCUCAUAAAAUGUGGACACAUUUAGAUAGGUGUGUAACUAUUCCUUGGCAUGUUUCAAGUCUUUACAUGUAAUUACCAUCCAGAGGAAAGCUUCCAGAAGUUGUUACCUUCAGGUUUUUACUUUCCUCUCUUCUAGAUAGCAACCCUUUCACUUAACUUCUCCACUUAUGGUUCCGUGGAUUACUAUAGACUAGAAACAGAUAAAUGCUAAACUAAGUGUUAAUACAAAAUGAAGGAGGAUUUCAGGGUAAGAACUGUUUACAAUGAAAAAUGCUAUCAAAUUCACAUUUUUAACAUACUUUCAAGUUUAAAGGACUAGCCAGGCCAAUUCAUUGCAUUAUGGAAUGAGCUCUUGCUUUUGGCAUUGCUACCUCAGAUUUAAUAGCAACUGUCAUAUAUUAGCAUAGUACUGCCUAAACUGACUUCUAGUUUAACCUCUCAACUUUAAUCUCAUUCCUUGCCUCUGGAGGAGGAAGAUUCAUUACUAGUUAGGUUCCCAAAUUAUUAUGCUUCUGAUCUAAAUCUACUAAUAUUGCAAUGUAUAUUUACUAGUCUAGGAGUUGCUUUCUUACUAGAAGACUUGGCUAAUAAAUUAGAGUUUUAAUAUGUAAAUAACUUCUGCCAGAAACCUUGACUACUGCCCAACUUUCUUGUUUAUAACUUGUUUUCUAGAUGCUUCAUUAAGCUUUCCUUGAGAAUCUUAGAAUCUCAUAUUGUGAAAAAGGCUCUAGUCAAGUUCAUCUUGAACAAGAAACUCUUCCCUAGCUACCCUGAAACGUGAUCAUCUGACCUUUUCUUGAAGACCUUUUGAAGUGUCCAGCCACAUUUUUGAAUGGCUUCAAACAUUAGGCUGUUUUUCCUGACAUCAAGACUAAAUUUGUCUUUGCAGCUUCUAUCCAUUAUAACUGAUUUUACCUUCUGGACUCAAUGAGUCAUGUAGAUCUUCUCUUUCUACAUGGCAAUUCCUCUUCCUCAGCCUUCCCUUCUCUAAGCUGAAUAACCCCAGUUGCUUCAACAACUUCUCCUAUACAUAGCAUGAUCUUGAGGUCUUUCUCCAUUCUGGACUUCUUGGUCUGUGUGCAUCAAUCAGGAAGAGAUGUCUAGAAAUAUGGAACCAAGAAGAAAAUGGUAGACUGAAAUAAUAGUCCAGAAGAGGCAGUUAGUCAUCUUUCAGUACAGUGAGACUUUGAGGUGGACUUUUUCUUCAGAGUAGCAGAGGCAGUUGGGGAGGCUAUGGAUGAGCUAGCCUCAGAAUAGGGAAGGAAGAUGGUUUCCCAACUCCAUGUCCUUAGUUCUGCAGCAUUCCUUCCCUUCUUCACAGGCUUUCAGAGGAGAUGUAAGCAGUCAUGUCUGCUCCAGGAUAAAGUUUGGCUAGACCUGAUAUCUUGAGCUUAUCCAGGGCAUCUUAGGUACUUCUGUCUCCCUGCUAAUCUUGGGUAUUGGUUCCCUAUUACCCCUUUUUUGUGUCAUCCAUGACAGAAAGAAGAAAAGAAGCAAAAGAAUCAAAUAAUUUUGACGUUUAAUGUAGUCCUGCAUCCUCUGGACCACAUUGUCCAUUCUGCACUGACUUACUACCCUAUUUAAUUCAGAUCACAGAGACCAGGACCAGGAGAGCAGAAGCCACUCAGCUAUGCAUUUCUUGGCCCAUGUGUUUUCAUCUUCACUCUAGUCAUUUCUGCUUUGCCACCAUGGGAGUGGCAUGGGACAGGGGAAAGAUAACUUUUCUUCUCCAUUCUAUUUUUUGCUCUGAGAAUGGUAAUCAAACCAACCCUACCAUUGCCUUUAAGAAGAGAAUGUCAGUAGGCUACCCUCAUGUUCCAUUUGCCAUCUCUGUGUCUUCUCAUACCAAAUCACCCUUAAUUUAAAAUUAUUUCUCUGCAUAUGUUGUCUCUCUGUUAGAAUGUAAGGGCAAGUAUACAUGACUUUGUAUCCUCAAUGUUUUGCACAACGUAAAUACUUAGCUUGGGCUGACUUUCUUUGUAGAAUUUUAGGCAAUUGAAUCAUACCUAUCCUUUCUCUGAAUCCUUUGAAAAUCAUCUCCUAAAAUCAAGGGUAAAUAGCAAACUGUGCCCAGUUUUUUCUUUUGUGAACUCUCAGAUGAAGUGACUACUUUCCCUCAAGGGUCUCAUUAUCUCUUCUUUAGCAACCUUUCCUUAUGGUUGGUGAGAAUCAGGCUCAGAAUAGUGCUUUCCCUUGCCUCCUGUGCCUUUUAAAGGAUGAAAGUAUUAUGAAAGGAAGCCAAGAAAUGAACUGCUCUGCUUUUGGCAGAGAGAAGGAAAAAGAGAGAGCUCUAUCAAAUGUCCAGAUAAGUAAAGUCUCUUCUCACUACUAUGCUAUAUCGCUAUGCAAAGGUCUGCUUCUUAAAAAUCCCAUUUGUUUCCUUUUCUUGUUCUAGUGGUCUGCAAUAUGCUCUGAUGACAAAAUCACUUGUAUUUUUUUUUUGCCAAUUAAUAAUUCACUCAAAUGCUUUACUCUCCUUAAUUCCCAUUUUCUGUUUCCUGUAUAUCUUCACUUGAGUGUUUUUACUUGUUACGGUAUUCAACCUUUUGCCUACUCUUUUCUUUUUAAAUGAAAUGUGUAUUUUCAUUACCUUGUGCUAGUCAUGAGCCCCCCAUCUUAGUGGCCUGUGAAGUCAAUUCUGCCACUUUCUGUUAAGAUCCUUUGCUCACUUUUGUAUUCAUAUAUUAUUGAUUCAUUUAUGGAUUUUUGUCUCUGAUUCAUUGAGCAGUUGCUACUUUUCUUUUUAAAUCAUAAUGGCUCUUAAAAAAAACAAAACAACCUUCUGUCUUAGUGUCAGUCCUGUGACAGAAGAAUGGCAAGGACUAGGCAUUUGGGGUUAAAUGACUUUCCCAGGGUCACACAGCUGGGAAGUAUCUGUGACUGGAUUUGACCCCAGACAUGGCACUCUUAUCUACUGUGCUUCCUAAUUGCCUGAAUCAUAACUGGUUUUUACCUCUCUAGUGAACUCUCAUUCUCACUCUCUCUCGCUUUCCUUUUCUGCUUCUCAUUCUUUCCUUGCCCUCCAUUUCCUUCUUCCCCUCCCUUUGUCUCUCUACCUCUUUCUCCCUUUCUCCUUUUCUUUUCCUCUUCCCCACUUUCCCUAGUCCUUAGUUUCUUGCUCAAGAUGUCAAAAUCCUUAGCAGUGUUUCUUAUAUUUCUUCCCUACAGUAUCAUUAUCUUCCACAUGCAUCACAAGGGGAGGUUGUGGUCAUUAGAUUUCACAAGGUUCUUUAAUGCCAUAGAUAUAUGCCAUAGGAAGACAAUGAACCUAUCCUGCAAGAAAGGAAGCUAGCUUACAGCCUUUUUUGUUUACAGAAAAGAAUUCUGGUUACUCAUGAUUUUACCUUUGAAAAGAAUUGUAUGUUGUCAAGAAGUUGUGGCUUUAUUGAUAGAUACAGGACACCAUAAUUGAGGGAGAUUAGGAUAGUUACUUCUAAAGAAAUACCAUUAUUUCUCUGCUUUCAUCUUUACUUCUUUUCCCCUGACUCCACAAAAAAGAGCUAAGAAGAAGCAUCAAAUGGGUGCUUCAGCAUCAUAUUAAGAAUUUUUGUUAUAAGAGUCAUAAGCUCAAUAGCUUUCUUGCAGAGGGCAGGAAAGCACCCUGAAGUACUGGCCAGUCUAAAGAUGCCUCUUCAGAGAAUGCAGUUACAGGUAAGUAACCCUUCUGACCCACUGAAAUGCUAUUUUAGCUCUCUAUUAAAUAACAUUUUGUCUCUAGUCAAAUGAUAUUGCUAGCUCAAUUUGUUUUAAUUUUCUUUUUAUUUCCUAGAUAUUGAAAUUGUGACUUGUAUCAUUUGUAUUUGAAUAUGUAAUCAAAGCCAUUUUUACAGUAUUAAUUUAAUAAGACCAGAAAAAAAAUUGUAUGUGAGAUUAAAUAUCUUAAUUUAUUUUGACUCUGAUGGGCCCCAAAAGAAUUACUUGCACUUGUAUAUUCUUAAGGGUUUUUAUUAUUGUGCUUAGUUUCACAUUGUUUAUAAUAUUAAGCAAAAGUAAAAUCUAAUUUCCAUGCAACUGUAAUGCAUGUUAACAUUGAACAUUAGCUAAAAUAAAAUUACUUUGACAGCUUAUAUGAUAAAUAUCUGGAAAUGAAUUCUGUUUUUUUAAUGGUUAUAUUUAUUAAGAUUUUUUUGGUUUUCUGUUCAGAGCCUUAUCACUUCAGAUCCUGUGAUUUCAGCCCUUAAAUUCACAACCAUAUACUAAGCCUGUCUUCACAGAUUUCUUUCCAUUGGAAUGUAAUGAUCAGAUUUUACUCUUAAUGAUUAAAUAAAAUCACGUAAGCUUC